AUGCUCUAUGGUCCCAACAUUGGAGAUCCAGCUCUCCGUAAAGGUGUUGCAGAAUGGCACUCACGAUUGUAUUGCCUACGCUCACCACCAAGUACAAACCCGGACGCCCCAGAACCGAAACCCAUUUCCUCGGAUCUUGAGCCGACAUACUUUCUAGCAUAUAGAUUCUUUGAAGAUGCGGGCUUCCAGGGACGCUUGGUGGGAGUCCCAGAAGACGAUGACGGCGUAGACGUGGAAUUUCUGAGAGCACAAAUGAAUGAAGUUGAUCAAGAAGAUACAAAAUCCAGUGCAGACGCGGAAAAGUGCACCUUCAAGAACUCACCUCAAUAUCCCAAGCUCUACCGACAUGUCAUCUACCUCGUUCCUACGUUCAGCAACACCGAGUGCAAAGGCGUACACGCUCGCCCGACGAGAGGCUCUUGUUAA